AUGCAGGGCAGGUGGAAUAUUGCGACGAUCCGUGUCAAGCAGGAAGUGCAGUGUUUUGAAGACGAGCGCCCGAUGUCGAAUGGGAGUGAAAACAGUUUGGAGCAGCAGAUGAAUGGCAAGAAUAAGAAGCCAAAAGACCGCAUCCGACGCCCGAUGAACGCGUUCAUGAUUUUCUCCAAGCGGCAUCGACCGAUGGUCCAUAUGAAGUACCCGAAUAAGGACAACAGGACGGUUUCGAAGAUUCUGGGAGAAUGGUGGUACGCGCUGCCACCGGAGCCACCAGCACCAGUUCAACAAGACAUCAAGCCGUUCCCGAUGCCCAUCUCGCAACAAUUUGCCCCACCGCAGCCGCCGUCCUUCCAGAUGCCACAAGCCUGCCAGCCACCACCUUGCACAAGACCUCAAUCCGAUCGGCUGGCCCGUCUUUUUGUGGAAGGUCUCGAUCCGCAUACAUUGAGCCCGUUGACACCGACAACUCGCUCCUCGUUCUUCAGCCUUGCCGGCAAUGAGGUUCCAGUCGAGUCUCAAAUCCUCUCCCCAUCCUUCAAGCACUUCCCUAUUUUGCUGCCGACGAAUAGUAUUCCUUGCUCUCCCCUGUUUCAAACGGCUGACUUCAACUUCUUGAUGAAAACUAUUGCGACGAGUCAGCAACAAACGGUCACGACACAG